AGUGCGUUCUGAUUUGAAAGGUCAGUCGGUUUUAGUUGACUGUGCAUUUAGUCAGAGAAAUAAUGCGGUGGAAAAACACAAGUUUUGUAAUUUGCGUAAAUUUGAUUGGCACAUUAUUAGCUUUUCCAACCAACGAGCCUGACGGGAGAGCCAUUUGUGGGGCCUGUCAUCCAAUAAAAGAAAACUUCACAAACGUCCACUUGAUUCCUCACACGCACGACGAUGUCGGUUGGUUAAAAACCGUGGACCAGUAUUUUUACGGCAAAGACAACGACAUCCAAGUUGCUGGAGUUCAAUACAUAAUCGAUUCGGUCGUGGAGGAACUGGCCAAAAAUCCUGACAGGCGUUUUAUCUACGUGGAAACUGCUUUCCUGAAGCAAUGGUGGGACAACCAAGGAGAAGCGACGAGGGCAAAGAUGCGUGGACUAAUCGAAACGGGUCAACUCGAGUUGAUCAGUGGCGCGUGGAGCAUGCACGACGAGGCGGUCACUCAUUACCAUUCAAUUAUAGACCAAUUUACUUACGGAUUAAGAACUAUAGAUGAGAUGUUCGAUGGUCUAUCUUGCGCAAAGCCGAAAAUCGGAUGGCAAAUCGACCCGUUCGGUCAUGCACGAGAGACCGCCUCGAUUUUGGCACAAAUGGGAUUUGACGGCCUAUUUUUCGCACGGCUGGACAAGGACGACCGGGCGCGGAGAAUCAAGGAUAGAGAAAUGGAGUUUGUUUGGAAAGCGAGCCCCAACCUCGGCGAGUCGUCUGAUCUUUUCACACACGCCUUCUACAAGCAUUACAGCGCCCCGGACGGAUUUUGCUUUGACUUGGUGCACUGCACGAGGGACGACCCCAUAAUCACUGACACAAGAAGCCCCGACUACAACGUUCCUGAAAGAGUCAAAGCAUUUAUGGACUUUGUCGACUCCCGCAAAGACACGUACCAAACGGAAAACAUGCUCGUGACCAUGGGGGACGACUUCACUUAUCAACAGGCGGCCUCUUGGUUCGAUAACAUCGACAGGCUCAUUAAACACGUGAACGCCGAGCAGGAGAACGGCAGCAAAAUCAAUCUGAUCUACUCGACGCCCUCGUGCUAUCUGCAGGCGGUGCACGCGGCGGACAAAGUUUGGAAAUCGAAGAGCGACGACUUUUUCCCGUACGCCGACGGUGACCACAGCUACUGGACGGGCUACUACACCUCCAGACCCACCCUCAAGUUCAUGGAGAGAAAAGGAAAUAAUCUGCUGCAGGUUUGCAAACAACUGAGCGUCUUGGCCGAUUUGCGGCAGGAGAAAUGGCAGGAUUUGGAUUCUUUACAAGAGGCGAUGGGGGUCAUGCAACACCACGACGCCAUCACUGGCACUGAAAAACAACACGUCGCCGAAGAUUAUGCUCUGAUGCUGCACAAGGCCAUGCUCGACUGCCUCGAAACCUCCAACACAGCUUUAAAUAAAUUAUCAGCGAAGUCGGUUGAGGUGCCUAAAGUCGAGUAUAAGUCUUGUUUGCUCUCGAACGUGAGCCAAUGCGAGUUGUCUGAAAACAACGUUAAUUUCGUCGUCACCCUUUACAACCCUCUGGCGCAAGAAACCUCAUCAUAUGUACGCCUACCGGUGCAGAAUUUCAAACACAAGGUCUACUUCAACGGAUCCGAGAUUCCGACGCAGAUGAUUAAAAUUCCUACCCCCGUGUUCAGCAUCCCUUACCGCACGAGCACAGCCGAGCAGGAGUUGCUUUUUGUGGCCACAAUUCCCCCGCUCGGUUUCCGCAGCUUCUACAUCACAAAAACCACGGAAGAAUCUCCCGUGCCGGAACCUGUCGCCGACGACCAAAAGUUCACCCUUUCCAACAACAAACUUGAGCUCAAUUUCGAUCCACUAACCGGCCUGGCUGCGAGUUUGAAUUUGAAAUCUGAAAAUUUCAACUACCCCGAGUUCAACCAAAACUUCUUUUACUACAAGGGAAGUGGAGGGAAUAUCCUCAACGGGCAAACCUCCGGAGCUUACAUUUUCAGACCCGACGGAGACGAUCCCACCCCUAUCAGCUCACAGGCUGAAAUUGAAACCUUCAAAGGUGAAAUUGUCCAAGAAACACAUCAAAAGUUUUCUGACUGGGUCAGUCAAGUGGUCAGAGUUUACACCGAUGCAGAAUAUGUGGAGUUUGAAUGGCAGAUUGGCCCGAUUCCGGCAGAUCGAAACGACCCAGAAAACCCUGGCAAGGAAGUGAUCACCAAAUACUCGAUUCCCGCUAUGCAGACGCAAGAACUUUUCCACACAGAUUCCAACGGCCGAGAAAGCAUCGAGCGAAAACGCAACUUCCGUCCAACCUGGGAACUCGACCUUAAAGAACCGGUCGCCGGCAAUUACCACCCAGUGACCACUUUCAUUUCGACCAGAGAUGGAAGGUCUGAGUUCGGAAUCGUCACCGACAGAGCUCAAGGUGGAACUAGUAUGCAAGACGGAACCUUGGAACUGAUGUUGCACCGACGAUUGAUGUAUGACGACGCAAGGGGUGUGGGCGAAAGUCUGAAUGAAACGUUCGACGGAAACGAGGGGAUGAUCGCUCGAGGCAGGCACCUGAUGUACCUGGAACUUUUGACCAGCAGCCCAACGCCGGUCGCGAAAAAGAGAAGAUGGAGCCGAGACCAAAUGAAUUUGGCUCCUUGGACUUUCGUCAGUGGCACGGAAUUGACUGAAGAAGAGUGGAUGCAAAAUUAUGCAGUCAAUUACAAAGGAAUUGAUUUGGAAGUGCCUGAGAACAUCAAUAUUUUGACUUUGGAGCCGAUCAACAAAGGAGAAGAUAUUUUGGUGCGUUUUGAGCAUUUUUACGAGGCAAAUGACGACCCAGUGCUUUCGCUCGAAUCUUUUGCACCUACUCAACAUUUAACCGAAAGGUUUGGGCAUGAAAAGGUCUUCAUGGAAACCACCCUCGGAGGAAACAAAUGGAAAUCCGACACCUCCAGAAUGAAAUUCAAAAUCGAGGGCGAUCAGGAGAUUGCAACUGGCGAUGCAGAAUUUAAUCCAGUGGAUAAUGUAGAAAUGUACGAAACGAAUAAUGUCGUAAUGAAACCUAUGCAAAUGCGCACGUUUAUUGUGAGAAAUGAUUCGGGUUCGCUGGCUGCAUCUGUUUUGGUUCUUCUUUUCUCGACUUUCAUUGCCAAUUUCAUAGCAUGAGUGUGAAAAAAUUUAUACAUAAAAACAUAAUUAUGUACAAAUUUCUGAUGAAGUAA